AUGCGCGGCACUCUCAUCUUCGCGGGCUCUUCAUGCCCGGCCCUCACUACUCAAAUAUGUGAGAACCUGGGUAUGGCUCCUGCCGAGGCGGAGCUUACCCAAUUUUCCAAUGGCGAGACGAGCGUGCGAAUCUUGACCAGCGUCCGAGAGAAGGACGUCUUCGUCGUCCAGUCCGGCAGCGCUAAUGUCAACGACACUAUCAUGGAGCUGUUGAUCAUGAUCUCGGCCUGCAAGGGCGGCUCGUCGAACAAGAUCACUGCUGUGCUGCCGUACUUCCCCUACAGCCGCCAGUCCAAGAAGAAGUCCCACCGCGGUGCGAUCACGGCGAGGAUGCUUGCAAACCUCCUCGGCGUCGCUGGCGUUAAGCACGUCGUCACCGUCGACCUCCACGCGUCUCAGAUGCAGGGCUUCUUCAAGUGUCCCGUCGACAACCUCCACGCUGAGCCCUUGUUGGCGAGGUGGAUCCGCCACAACGUGCCGAACUGGAAGGAGGCUGUUGUCGUAUCCAAAAACGCCGGCGGUACCAAGCGUGUGACAUCGCUUGCGGACGCCCUGAAGCUGAACUUUGGAAUGGUCACUACCGAGAAGAAGCGUGGUGGCAACAUGACAUCGAGCAUGAUCAUGCACCACCUUGACAACCUCGACCGCGAGCCUGUCUUGGAGAGCAGUCGCACUCCGCCUGCCCCUAGACCAACCACCCCUCCUGCCACCGGUCGCGCUGCUAGAGUCAGGGCCGACGCCCACGGCUCGCCUCAGCACACCAACCCCCCGCGCUCUCAUCCCAGCACCAUGGAUGACCGGCCAACGACCCCUACACAGUCCAAGCCCACCAACGGUGCUACGGAUGACGACGAGGAGGGCGAUGCGGAGUAUGAUGACCGCCGCGCUCACGAAGUCACCCACGGACGUCUUGUCCAAGGCCACAUCGUGGACGACGACUAUCCAUCGCCGGCUACCUCGACCGCGGGCGGCAGCGUCCGUGACGACGACCCGAUGGCUAUGUCUCAGGCAUCGUCCUUCUUCGCUCCUCAGCCCCAUGCGCUGGGCGGCUCCGGCGACGCGGUUCCUGAGUCAGACGAGGAAGAUGAGGUCCUCAAGGACCCGAAGGUCGAGCACAUGAUAACCCUGGUCGGCGAUGUCAAGAACAGGACCGUAUUCAUCGUGGAUGAUAUGAUCGACAAGCCAGGCUCCUGGAUCGCUGCGGCCGAGACUGUGGUGAAAAAGGGCCGCGCGAAGAAGGUCUACUGCAUGGCGACCCACGGUGUCUUUGGUGGUGACUGUCUUGAGCAGAUGCAGAAAUGCGAGUGCAUUGAUGCCAUCAUCGUGACCAACAGCUUCCCUAUUCCCGAGGACCAGGCCAAGCGCACCCCCAAGCUUGUCGUCCUGGAUCUUUCCUUCCUCCUCGCCGAGGCCAUCCGUCGCAACCACUACGGCGAGUCAAUCUCUCCCUUGUACCAGCACAUCCUGGACUAG